AUGGCGACGCCUUCGCCUCCAAAACCCUGGGAAAGAGCAGGCGCUGGAAACGCAUUAUCAUCAACACCAGUCGCUGGUAACCCAGUUGCUUCAACCGCCAUGACAACCACCAACCCCGCAACAUCGGGUGCCGCCCCCGACCUGCCCGACCGCCCAAGCACUCUCAACUCUGUGGUCAACAGUACCGCCUCAAACUAUUCACCCUACGGGGCCUCGCGACUUGGAACAAGUGCCUAUGGAACAGGAAUGGGUGGGUAUGGCUCGAUGGGUGGCAUGGGUAGUUACUCAUCGCCCUACUCCCGCUUUGGCUCCAUGGGCGGCAUGGGUUCCAUGUACGGUGGCGGCUAUGGUGGUAUGGGUGGUGGCAUGUAUGGAAUGGGCGGCUAUGGUGGUAUGGGAGGCAUGUACGGUGGCAUGGGAGGACAAGACCCCAAUGAUCCCAACAGCCUUACCAACUCCUUUGGCCAGAGCACCCAGGCCACCUUCCACAUGAUCGAAAGUAUUGUGGGUGCCUUUGGUGGCUUUGCCCAGAUGCUGGAGAGCACAUACAUGGCCACCCACAGUUCAUUCUUUGCAAUGGUCUCGGUCGCAGAACAGUUUGGAAACCUGCGCACUACCCUCGGCUCGGCCCUGGGCAUUUUCACAAUCAUUCGGUGGUUCCGGACACUGAUCGCCAAGUUGACGGGCCGUCCUCCACCAGCCGAUGCCACAUCGCUGACCCCCGCCGCCUUUGCAUCGUUCAUGGGCCGAUCGGGCCCCGUCACUCUUCCCGAUGGCUCACCCGCCCCCGCCAAGCCAUCCAAGAAGCCCUUCUUCAUGUUCCUGAUUGCCCUCUUCGGUCUUCCCUACCUGAUGGGCAAGCUGAUUAAGACCAUGGCGCGCUCUCAAGAAGAAGAAGCCAAGCGUCGCCAGCAGCUCGUCGGCCCCAACGGCGAGCCUGGCUCUGCUUCCCUCGACCCAGCCAAGCUGGACUUCUGCCGUCUCCUCUACGACUACACCCCCGAGACUCAAGAGUCCAACGGCAUCGAUCUGGCCGUCAAGAAGGGCGACAUUGUUGCCGUCCUCAGCAAGUCUGACCCAAUGGGCAAUGCCUCUGAAUGGUGGCGCUGCCGUGCCCGUGACGGCCGCGUCGGCUACCUCCCCGGGCCCUACCUGGAGACCAUCCAGCGUCGCCCAACGCAAGCCAUCACAUCCGGCAGCGAGCCCGCAACUCGCACCUCCACCAUGAACGGUGAUAGCGAAGGUCGCACCCAAAGUCUCUCAGCCCUGAAGUCAGAGCAGAAGCCCGAAAUCAAGGGCAAGAUGGGUGAUAUCUCACCCGAGAGUUUCCAGAAGAGCACCUUCUACUCAUAA